GGAAGGACGGAAGGAAGCAACAGUCAUCCAACGAGCGCAAACGAGAGGGAACGAGCAGAAGCGAAACGCUGUGCGCAAAAAAAACAACCCCGUGGCUGCGGCAGUGGAGGAGAGCUGGGUGCCUGCGCGUCUCCAAAAUAACUGGCUGUCCGCCUCAAAUGAUCUCAAAGCGACAAGUUUCACUUUCCACAGGCGGAUGGGUGACUUUCCUCGGCGCUUUGUGAGGAGGAGAUGAUGAAGAAUUUCAGCAGCAGUCCCCUUCACACCAACAACCAGACUUCCAACCACAUCAAAGAGCGAAACAACAGAAAGUACAAUUUACUCUCUGCUGUACCGUUGCGAUUUUCCUUGCGAGGUUAUGGAUUCUGCAUGGCUACGCUGUUCUUCUUCUGUUUCGGCUCCCUUUUUUACCAGUUGAACGGAGGACCCCCUAAAAUCCUGCUGGACAUCCGACAGUAUCUCGGUGAAUCCACAUAUCUGGAUGACCACGGACCCCCUGCAUCAAGAGUGCUCCCGUUCCCCAGCCAGGUGGUUUAUAACCGUGUGGGGAAGUGCGGCAGCCGGACGGUGGUCAUCUUGCUGAGGUUACUGGCUGAGAAACACCAGUUCAACCUGGUCUCCUCAGACAUCCACAAUAAAACACGCCUCACGAAACAUGAACAGCAACGCCGUGAUGAUAUUCACACAGAUACACAUUCACAUCUGGAAGCUGUCCAGUACUACCACAGUCUUAUCUGCUGGCCACUGAGCAGCUCCACUGGAGCAGUUGGGGUUAAGGGCCUUGCUAAAGGGCACCUCAGUGGUGGUAAUGAGAGAGAGGUGGAUCUCAUGAAGAACAUCAGUAAUAUCCCUCAGCCGUUCCUCUAUACCCGGCAUGUUCACUUCCUAAACUUUACCAGGUUCAGGAUAGAGCAGCCUGUCUAUAUCAACAUAAUCCGGGACCCCAUCAACCGGUUCCUCUCCAACUACUUUUUCCGUCGCUUUGGCGACUGGAGGGGUGAGCAGAACCACCUCAUCCGCACUCCAGGGAUGAAAGAUGAUGAGAGAUACCUGGAUAUCAAUGUGUGCAUUCUAGAGAACUACCCUGAGUGCUCCAACCCCAGAGUUUUCUACAUCAUCCCCUACUUCUGUGGACAGCAUCCUCAAUGCAGGGAGCCAGGAGCAUGGGCUCUGGAGAGGGCCAAACAGAAUGUGCUGGAGAACUACCUGCUUGUUGGUAUCCUGGAGGAGCUGGAGGAUGUUCUGCUCCUGUUGGAGAGGCUCUUACCUCAUUACUUUACUGGAGUACUCAACAUCUACAAGAGCCCUGACUAUAGGAAAAUGGGGAACAUGACAGGCACAGUACGUAAACACACGCCCACUCUGGAGGCCCUGCAGGUGCUUUACCACCGCAUGCGCUACGAGUAUGAGUUCUACAACUUCAUCCGUGACCAGUUCCACCUCAUGAAGAAAAAAAUUGGCCUCAAGUCUGUCUCCCAACCCACCGCCUACUCACCUGCUUUCCUUCGAGAGCUGGCCCUCCGAACCCCAGAGCCUCUGGAUGAAGACGAGGAGCUUGACGCAGACCUGGAGGAUGCCAACAGCUGGCUGGUCCAUCCCUAAGGGCUGUAUGAUGAACAGUGGAUGUAGCCCAAAAAAAGCUGAUUGGCUGGAAUUGGCUGGAGAUAGCUGGAGGAAGCCUUCGGGCAGACGGGGAGCGUUCCCCGUCUUUCAGCAUUCCUAAGAAAAGUGAGGUGUGUUUAGGGGUGUGUGGAUCCUGACGCUCAUGUUUGUACGAGCUCUGAUUUCCAUCUGCAAUAGACUCCUAUCACGACAGGCUCAGCACAGAGGACUAUAGGGGUUGAGUAAUUGGAAGGACUAAAUGCUCUAUUUAAAAAUUGACCAAGGACAAUGGAAAAUAAUGUUAAGCUCAAUUUGCAUGACUCAAGUUUUGUUUUAAUUUGAGCUUGUUUUUGGGUUCAUUUAUGUAAAAAAAAACCAUCAUUGCUGUAAUCUCCAGGAGAGAUUAGCGCAACUUGUGGAUAGCUAAAUGUGUUGGGAAAUAUUCUAAAUCUUGGUCGCUGGGGUGUUAACUGUAGGAGAGGACUCCAGAGACACUGCCCAAGAAAGAGGUUCAUACUUUAUGAAAGGGUUAAUGUCCUAAAAGCUGGAAUGGGAAAUGGUAUCCAUGAAUAAAAAAGUACCAAAACCCUUUUUUGUAUAUUAGUUGUUUAGGACUAUUGUAAGUGCCAAACCUUGCUUGAGUUCCAGUUACCGACAGGAACCUGUGCACAGCUGGUGGAGUUGUGAAGUCAGUUGUUAUAGUAUUGAUUUAUAACAUUUUGUUUCAUUUUGUAAGAUAUUAUUAGAUAUAAAUGAGGGUUAAACGGUAAGCACUCAAUUAUGAAUUCAAAGAAUUCCAACUGUGUGUGCAUGAAUGAUUGAGUUUGACCAAACCAGCGGUGUAUUUUAGCAUAGAUUUAUUAUUUGGAACAGGUCACUUGUUGAGAAUAUAGGCUGGGUUUAGAGUCAAACAUUAAAAAGCAUAUACGGAGCGUAAUUUGUUUUAAUCCAAAGUUUAAAAGAUUGAGUUUGCCAAAUACCAAUGUUGCUGCGAUGCAUUACAAAACUGUAUAUACUGCACUUUUUCUGAGGUGACUUCCUGAAAUUCUGCAGCAAAAUGAGGGACUUGGUCACAAAACUGGAUACUUAUUUGCCUUUCAUUUCAAAUAGGAUUAUGUUGCUGUUUAAGGUUUUGUUUUCUCUCUCAAAAUAUCAUCAUUUGUGAAGUGUUACUGAUCCCAGCUAACACUAAUCUCUAAUUCUCCAGCAGCUAUUCAGAGUGCAUGUUUUUUAUCACUCAUGUAAAAAUCAUCCAGAGAACAGUAACCAUAAGCUAAUGUGUGACUGUCACAUACAUAUUUCACUUUACCAUCUUAAUUUCCAUUGUCUGUACCUUUUCAUUGUCCUGGUUUGUGUUCAGUGUUUUUUGCCAGUUUAAUUUAUUAUUUUGUAUUCAUUUGCAUUCCAGAUAAGAUUCUCAGGAAGAAAAAAAAAGUUUAACAACUUGAUCAUUUGUAUCUUUGGUUUCUGGCGGCUAUGAAACCAUUUCUUGGCAUUGGCAAGGGUGUCUAGAAUGGGUUUAUAUCAUCAGCUGAAAACUGGUUAACUAAUGCACUCCAUCAUUUUACAGUCUUCAAAAUAAAUGUCUUCUAACUAUUGCA